CGUCAGAUUCUCUAAUUCUUGUUAAAGUCCUCUGAGAAAAAAUAUUUUAAGCAAAUACUCUAAAGAGAAGAAAAAAAUGAAGCAAUUGUUUGUUCUAUUUAUUGUAUUACUAAUGUUGCAGCUGAGUUUUUAUCGCCGUCAGAAGCACUUUUGGUUUCAGAGUCACCUUUAAUAUUACCGUCAGAUGCACUUGUGGUUUCAGAAUCACCUUUAAUGUCACCGGCAGAUGCACCUGUGGUUUCAGAAUCACCUUUGGUAUCACCAUCAGACGCACAUGUGUUGUCAGAGUCACCUAUUGUAUCACCGUUAGGCGCACUUGUGUUAUCUCCUUCAUCUGAACCAUCAAACAAUGAUUGUUCUACUGUAAUUUACAGUAUGUUCGAUUGUCUUUCCUUCUUGACAGUCGGAUCAACGGAUCUUAGUCCAACUAAAUCGUGCUGUGAUGGUGUUAAAAUAGUUCUUAAAUAUAAUCUUAAUUGUCUUUGUAUUGCACUGGAGAGCAGCCGUGACAUGGGAUUUGAGUUAAUUAAUAAAAAAGCCUUUGCCAUGCCUUCUAUCUGCAACAUUCCCAUUAAUCCUCAUUGUGAUGUUGCAUCAAGUCCGACUGCAUCAAUCUCAACAACACCAGCAGCAACUACGAUUUCUCCAUCGGAGCCACCUACAAAUCUAUCACCACCUGUGGUUAUGACCCCAUCACCGCCAACGGUUACAACUUCGUCACCACCAGCGGUUAGUACUCCGUCACCACUAACGUUUACGACUCCAUCACCACCAACGUUUACAACUACAUCACCGUCAGUUAAUCCUUCACUACCUGCGGUUAUUUCAUCACCGGUUAGGACUGCUUCACCACCGACGAUUACUCAGUCAUCACCUGCAAUAAUUUCUCCGUCACCAUCUAAAUCAGGAGCCACGAACUUGUCCAUAUCCAAACUAUUCCUUGUGAUCGUCACAAUUUCUACCUGUGCUUAUGUUGUUCCUUUCAAUUUAGUUUAGUUGAAAUUCUUUUUCUGUUAUUAUUUAAUGGAUUGUUGAGAAAUAAGUUAUUGUUAAGUAUUUUAUAUCUUUUUUCAAGAAAUUUAGUUGGUUUU